AAGAAGCAUCUAUCUUCUUCUCACCACUCUUGCUCAGUCAACGCCGGCGAGGAGAGAACUCCAGAAGAAAACGACAAGCGUCUGGUCUUACUCUUUUCAGUCUUUUGUCUUUUCUUCUAGAGCCUACGUGUGAUGGCGUUUCUCUGAUCGAGCGUUCGAGUCUUGAAACCAUAGGAAAUCCAGAGUAUUUUUCGACGCUUUUUGCGAUUAUACUUUGGUCCACAGCCCCACGAUCCGCCUCUCGGCUUUUCGAGAUUGUGAGGUGGAGAGGGGAAGCUGUUGCUUGAAGAAAAUUGUUGAUCGGCCGAGUGGGAAGAAGAAUGUCGAAAGUAGUAUACGAGGGAUGGAUGGUGCGAUUUGGACGGAGGAAGAUCGGCCGUUCGUUCAUCCACAUGCGAUACUUUGUGCUCGAGACUAGGGUUCUUGCUUAUUACAAGAGGAAGUCCCAGGGCCACAUGGUUCCUAUCAAAACGCUUUUCAUAGAUGGGAAUUGUAGGGUGGAGGAUCGAGGUCUUAAGAUUCACCAUGGACAUAUGGUAUAUGUACUGUGUGUAUACAACAAAAAGGACAAGUACCAUCGAAUUAUGAUGGCAGCAUUCAACAUUCAGGAGGCUCUGAUCUGGAAGGAAAAAAUUGAAUCUGUGAUCGAUCAGCAGCAAGAUUUAAACACUCCUAAUGGAAAUAUGGCACAUGUUUCAUUUCUGGCGAAACCUGGCAUUAAUGCUGAUGAGAAUGCUUCUUCAUCUGACAGGGAAAGCCUGGCAAGUGCCGAGGAUGAGGAGGUGACCAACCGCACGAUGAUUCGCAGGACAACAAUUGGCAAUGGUCCUCCCGAAUCAGUGCUUGAUUGGACAAGACAGAAUGAUUCUGUGUUAAAUCAAAGUUCUUCAGAUCAAGUACUUUCUAGAAAACAUUGGCGUCUUGUCAGAUGCCAGAAUGGUCUUCGCAUUUUUGAAGAGCUUUCAGUUGCUGAUUAUCUUCCACGAAGUUGUGGUAAAGCAAUGAAAGCUGUGGGUGUAGUAGAGGCUACUUGUGAAGCAAUAUUUGAACUUGUGAUGUCCAUGGAUGGAUCCCGAUUUGAGUGGGACUGCAGCUUCCAAUAUGGAAGCUUAGUAGAGGAGGUAGAUGGACAUACUGCGAUAUUAUAUCAUAGACUGCAGCUGGGUUGGUUUUCCAUGCUUGUGUGGCCGCGUGAUCUUUGCUAUGUGCGCUACUGGCGACGUAAUGAUGAUGGAAGCUAUGUUGUAUUAUUUCGGUCUAGGGAGCAUCCAAAUUGUGGUGGACAACCAGGAUUUGUUAGGGCCCAUAUUGAAAGUGGUGGAUUUAACAUUUCUCCUCUAAAAUCACGCAAUGGGAGAACUCGAACAAAAGUUCAACAUCUCAUGCAAAUUGAUUUAAAAGGAUGGGGUGUUGGUUAUUUUCCAUCAUUUCAGCAACAUUGUUUGCUUCAGAUGUUGAACAGUGUAGCUGGAUUGCGUGAAUGGUUCUCCCAAACAGAUGAAACCCACACAGUUCCAAGGAUACCAGUUAUGAUGAACAUUGCUUCAAAUUCAGUUUCUUUCAAGAAGGGAGGAAAAAGCCAGGACAACUCUAAUCAGUCUAUUCCUUCGGAGCAAUUGCAUUCUACCGGUGGACAUUCUAUGUUAUUGGAUGAAGAAUCAGAUGAGGAUGAAGAUUUCCAAAUUCACGUGCCUGAAGUGGCGGACUCUUUCAAGAAUGAGAAUACUGUAAGACAAGCAGAUGAGGAUCCUUUGGAUCAGCUUGAUUUGACAUCCUUUUCUGGCAACUUAAGGCAUGAUGACCGUGAUAAUGUUCGAGAUUGUUGGAGGAUAUCUGAUGGAAACAACUUCAAAGUCCGCAGCAAGACUUUCUGUAACGACAAAACAAAGAUACCUGCUGGAAAACCUUUAAUGAAGCUUGUGGCAGUUGAUUGGUUCAAGGAUGUGAAAAGGAUGGACCAUGUCGCCAGGAGACGAGGCUGUGCAGUUCAGGUUGCCUCUGAGAAAGGACUGUUCAGUUUGGUAGUAAAUGUUCAAGUUCCAGCUUCAACCCACUACAGUAUGGUCUUUUAUUUUGUGUCAAAAGCACUAGUUUCCGGAUCAUUGCUGCAGCAUUUUGUUGAUGGUGAUGAUGAAUUUCGAAACAGUAGAUUCAAACUGAUCCCCUCCGUUCCUAAGGGUUCUUGGAUAGUUCGUCAGAGUGUAGGAAGCACCCCAUGCUUACUAGGAAAAGCAGUUGAUUGCACUUAUAUUCGUGGACCAAAAUACUUGGAAAUUGAUAUUGACAUUGGUUCUUCUACUGUAGCUAAUGGAGUUUUAGGACUAGUUUUUGGUGUAAUUACCACUUUGGUCGUUGACAUGGCCUUUCUUAUACAGGCAAACACUUACGAGGAACUCCCCGAGCGUCUCAUCGGAGCUGUUCGUGUUUCACAUUUAGAACUUUCUUCUGCUGUAGUUCCACAACUUGACCCCAACUCAGCUGAAUGAGGAAUUUAAAUCGGUGAUUUGGCAACCCAAGUUCCUAGAGCCUUUUUCUGUUUCAUUAAAUUUUCAUAAAA